AUUCGACUGGUCUGUAGCUUAUUUCAUUCUCUCGAAUGUUCAAUCGAAUUGCACGUCGAUUGAAUAGUUUGAUUACCAAAUAAUUUCACAUCAAAACACAUCAAGCUAAAACUUGUUAAAAAGUUGAAACGUCGUUAAACAUCUUUGCCUAUAACCUUGCAACGAUCUAUUUAUUUGUAUGCUUAAAAUUUUUUAUUAUUCAGUUAAAGUUAUAUUAUAUAAAAUUUAGAUUUCAAAAAUGUGUAAUUCAAUGUGUAAAAAUCUAUCCCUUUUAUUUCUCAAAAACAUUUACCUUGAAUCAAUGAAUAUGCUGGUAGAAAGAUAAUAUAAUUUAUAUUAUAUUGUGUAACUACAAACUCUAUUAGUUGAUUUCUUAUAUUUAAUAUUUACAACUAUCAACAAUGCCAGUUUUUCAAGAAUCAUGUGCAGAGCAAAUUCAAGCUCAAACAAUAGUUAUUAUACAUCCUGGUUCCAAAAAUCUACGUAUGGGCAGGGCUUCUGAUGUCAUUCCAAAUACAAUAUUAAAUGCUGUUGCAAGGAAAAGAAAGCCUGAUGGACUUGUGUACAGUGAUCCAUUUCUACCUCCCUUAAUUCCUCGCACAAAGGAGCUUACUCAGGCUAUGGAAGAAUCAAGACUUCAAGUGUCUCAUACUCUUCAAUCAUGCCUACAAUCAGAUGGGAGAAGAAGAUAUGCAACUCCUCCACAACAAAUAGCAGCUUUUAAUCGCAGAGUUAAUCCUGAAAUUCAAACCUCUUCUAUCUGUGAGUGGAUAAAAAAUGAAGAUGAUAUCAUCGUUGGAGAUGAUCUCUUAACAUUGAAUCCAGACAGUGAUUAUAAUAUACAUUUUCCUUAUAAGAGAGGAGAAUUAAAUGUUCAUUCUGGACCUGGAGGAAGCUUGCGUGCUGUACUAGCUGAUUUGAAGACAAUUUGGGAAUAUGUACUGAUAAAGAAAAUGGAUAUAGCAAUCAGAGACUUAAAACAUUACAGAGCAGUUUUAAUAAUUCCAGAUAUUUACAAUAGAUUGUAUUUAAAAGAACUAACAACAUUGCUACUGUGUGAAAUGGGAUUUGGAGGAUGUUUUUUAUUACAGGAUCACGUAGCGGCGACUUUUGGAGCAGGUCUCGGAUACGCCUGUGUAGUGGACGUUGGUGAGGAAAAAACUUCGGUAUCUUGCGUUGAAGAUGGAAUAUCUCAUAGGAAUACGCGAGUACGUAUGGAUUAUGGAGGUGGAGACAUUACUCAAACAUUUUUUUGGCUCCUGCAAAAGUCAGCAUUUCCAUAUAAAAAUUGCGAGCCGAGUAAUCGGUUCGACGCUGUCCUUUUGGACCAAUUGAAAAGAGAUUCUUGUCACGUCGAUUUAAAUGUUUGUGGCUCGCAAGAGAAAACUUUUAUAGUUAAAAAGCCAAAUCAACCAAUUGAACAAUAUACUAUCCAAGUCGGCGACGAGUGUCUUAUUGCACCAUUGAGUCUUUUUCAACCAGAACUCUUCAAAGUAACUGGAACUCACAAUGUUCACAUUCAAAAACGUUCAGUGGGUGAUUCAGAAGACCCACAUGAUGAAAAUUACUUGAGGGAAACAAGUAGAAGAGGAAUGAAAGAAAAUUUAGAGCAAACUCUGGAGAUGCAAGAAGAAGCUGCGAAUCCAAAUGUGGCAGGAGAAGAAGAAGUGAACGUCGAUAAUGUGGAUUCAGCUCCGAUUUCUUUGAGCGCUCGAGAACCAGAAGCGCCGAGAGACUUUGUGGUUGGUCCUCAACAAGUACUAGGUCUUGAUCAUGCUGUACUCCAAAGUAUUGAUCGAUGUCCUACCGACGAUUUAAAGCGUAAAAUGUACAGCUGCAUAUUGGUUGUUGGCUCUGGAAUGAAAUUUCAAGGUAUUGGCACUUGGCUACACAAUAGGAUAUCCCUUCAAAUACCAUACAUGUACAGAGCAGAACAAAUGGACGUUAUAACAUUACCAAAAGAUAUCGACCCAGGUAUGACAGCUUGGAAAGGUGCCGCAAUUUUAAGUUGUUUAGAAUCUGCACAAGAAUUGUGGAUUGGACAACAAGAAUGGGAGCAUAUUGGUGUAAGGAUCCUUCGAGAACGGGCACCUUUUAUGUGGUAAUUUGAAGAAAUACAUCUUGUUUUAUGUUUAACUUUGCAAGAUUUUAAUAAAAAAAAUUUUGU